UUCAAUAAAAAAAAAUUCUCAUUGUUUUUGUAUUUUAGGCCCUACAUAAGCCAUCGUAACUCAAAACCAAUUUUUAAGAGUUAUAGUUUUCGAUAUUAUAUUUCAAAUUGAGCGCGCUUUUAUAAAACUUUUUUGCGCAUGUGCUGCACGUUUGAUAUUUAGACAAAGCUAUAGAACAGCUGAAAAGCUGUUAAAAUCUCAAUUCUGACCAAAUUUUCAUCGUGAUUUUAACUUAAGUUAGAUUAGUAUUAUUUCUAGUCAUAAUAUGGACUAAAUAAUCCUUGUUAAGUGUAAAAAUUCUUUUUCAAAGAGAAAAGAAACUAUUUUUGUUUUCCACGUGUUUCAUGGUUCGUAAUUUUUGUUUACUGGUAUUUCGUAUCGUUCAACUCAACAAAAACGUGUAUGUAUAAGGUGAACAAACAUUUAUUGUUGAUAACUGAUAAUUAUUAUUUAUUUGAAACGGUGUUGACACCCAUACAAUCAUCGGUUUAAUUGUAUGCUGAUGAUUGUCAUUUUCAUACAUUAGGAAGAUGUUUAUAAAAUAGCAACGCAAUAGCUUUUUAGAAAGAUACUUUGGAGUCUUAUUACCAUCCAAAGACAAGCAAAAAAUGGACAGUGACAGAAAAAUUCUAAGUUUGAGAUUUAACCAAGAUCAAGGGUGUUUCUCUUGUUGUAUGGAAAGUGGCGUACGAAUCUAUAAUGUGGAACCACUAGUUGAAAAAAGCCAAUAUGAUGUUGAGACUGUUGGAAGUGUAUCAAAAUGUGAAAUGUUAUAUCGCACCAACUUAAUCGCGCUAGUCUCGGGGGGCACACGGCCCAUGUUCUCCGACAAUAUUCUUCUUAUUUUCGACGAUUUAUUAAAAAAGUUUAUUUUGGAAAUAACUUUCCCGUCUUCUAUCCAAGCUGUACGUUUAAGGAAAGACAAAAUAAUCGUAGCUCUAUUGACAAGUAUCCACGUUUUCUCUUUCCCAUCCCCAACUCAGCGACUCUUCUCUCUGGAAACCAUCAAAAACCCCAGGGGACUGCUCGAAUUGAGUCCUUUAGGGGCGGGCGAGAAACAAAUUAUCAUUUUUCCGGGACAUAAGACUGGAAGCGUCCAAAUUCUGGAUUUGGCUUGCACUGAAAUGGGUAUUUCGAGUGCCCCCGUGUGGAUCAGCGCCCACAAGGGGGAACUCGCCUGUUUGGCGUUUAAUCAACAAGCAACGAAAAUCGCAACGGCUUCGAUUCAAGGCACGUUGAUUAGGGUGUGGGAUCUGGCGACUAAAACGCAGUUGGUUGAGUUGAGAAGGGGCACCGAUCCCGCCACCAUUUAUUGUAUCAAUUUCAAUAGCAACUCUGACUAUUUGUGUUGUUCAAGUGAUAAAGGAACUGUGCAUAUUUUUGCAAUCAAAGAUCCAUCUCGCAAUAAGCGAAUGCUAAUCGCAAAUACGAAUUUUUUUGGGAAAUACGCCAACUCGCAAUGGGCUUUGGCCAACUUCACCGUUCCACAAGAGUGUGCAUGUAUUUGUGCCUUUACAGAAAAUAAUUCUGUAAUCAUUGCGGCGUGUCUCGAUGGAACUUUUCAUAAAUAUGUUUUCAAUCAAGAUGGAAAUUGUAACAGAGACGGAUUUGAUGUUUUUCUCGACGUUUCAGACGACGUUGAAAACUUACUUUAAAAUGGCACAUGAUACAUGACUUAAUUUGCGCUAUUUUCACAUUUUUAUAUACAUACAUGUCUUAAAUA